AUGAAGGGAUUGGUCGGAGGAAUCCCUCUUGCCCUCCUCGUCGCCGCCGUCGCCAACGGCCAUGGCGAGGCGGCACAGGACGAGGGCCCCGUAACUCUUAUCGGUGGCACCAGUGGUACGGACGGCGGGAAUAGUGCUGCCAUUGAGUUCGACAGCAGCUACAGUUCCGGUGUCAAGGACACCUACAAAGACGACCACUCCGCUGGUGUGAAGAACACUGUGGUCGUCCCCGGUGCCCAUCAACCUCCAGUGCCUCGUUUCCGCAAGAGAGAUGACGGGGAUACCACCUUCUUUGGUGGUAUAUCAGGGAAUGAUGGAGGUAACGACGCCGAAAUCGAUUUCGACAGUGUGUAUUCUUCAGUUGUGGAGGAUUGGAUCAAGGAUGAUCACUCAACCACAUUCUUCGGCGGCAAUUCGGGAAAUGAUGGUGGUAACAGCGCGGAAAUCGAGUUUGAUAGCUCAUACGCCUCGGCGGUGGACGACUGGUACAAGGACGAUCACUCUGUCGACAUCACCAACCAUAUCGUCAAGCCUCCCCCGGUGCCAGGCUUCCGCAAGAGAGGUGGCGGUGAUACCACUUUCUUUGGUGGUCCAUCUGGGAAUGAUGGCGGCAACAGUGCUAGCAUUGAAUUUGAUAGCAAAUACGCGUCCAGUGUCAAGGACUCCUACAAGGAUGACCACUCUGUUGACAUCAAGAAUACUAUCAUCCAUCCUCCCCCAGUCUUCCAUCCUCCCCCGGUCUUCCACCCUCCCCCAGUGGGUGGUUUCCACAAGAGAGGUGAUGAUGAUACCAAAGACGGUGAUGUCACCUUCUUUGGUGGUAUAUCAGGGAAUGAUGGCGGCAACAGUGCUGGGUUUGAAUUUGAUAGCUCAUAUGCCUCAAGUGUGGAUGACUACUAUAAGGAUGACCACUCUGUUGAUAUCAAGAACACUAUCAUCCAUCCUCCCCCAGUCUUCCAUCCUGCUCCUGUCUUCCAUCCUCCCCCGGUUUUCCACCCUCCCCCAGUGGGUGGUUUCCACAAGAGAGGUGAUGAUGAUACCAAAGACGGUGAUGUUACGUUCUUUGGUGGUCCAUCUGGGAAUGAUGGCGGCAACAGUGCUAGCAUUGAAUUUGACAGCUCAUACGCGUCAAGUGUCAAGGACUCCUACAAGGAUGACCACUCUGUUGACAUCAAGAAUACUAUCAUCCAUCCUCCCCCUGUCUUCCACCCUCCUCCGGUGCCAGGCUUCCGGAAGCGCGACGAUGGAGGCAAUCAGAUUAGCACUCCUCACCAUCAUGAGCAUGCUAACCCGGCUUUGGUCAAAGAUUUUGGAAAACCUGCCAAAGAUGGCGGAAUUGCAUUCAUUGGAGGUCCUUCCGGUAGCGAUGGUGGCGGCAGCGCCGAUAUCGGUUUCGAUAACAAGUAUUCAUCCGGGGUCGAAGAUCAUUACAAGGAUGACCAUUCUGUGGAUAUCGAGAACCACGUGGUUGCGCCAGCUGUGCCAAAGCGCUUCCGCAAACGCGGCGGUGGCCCCGUCUUUUACGAUGGUAUCAGCGGUAAUGACGGAGGGAAUGAUGCCGACUUUGUCUUUGAUGACAAGUACUCCUCAAAGGUCAAAGAGCACCAUGCAGACGACCAUUCGGUGAAGUUGGAGAACUGGAUCGUGCAAGCUCCGCCGCCGCCCCCACCCCCUCGUCCUCAGGCCCCUCAUCCUCAGGGACCUCCACCUCAGGGACCUCCACCUCCUUUCGCUGGCAACCCGGAGCCACCUCAGCCACCUCGUCCUCAGGCACCUCCUCCUUUCGUUGGCAACCCAGAGCCACCUCACGGAGUGGCCGCGGCAACGAGCGCCCCAUGCACCACCUCCACCUUCCUUGAGACCGUCAUCAAGACCCUUCCAUACGAGCCGGUGCCUACCCAGCCCGCUGCCCCGUACCGGCCGCCUGAGCAUCCCCAGGCCCACGUGCCUCAGCCAUAUGCUCCAUCCGAGCCCGCUCAUGCCGUCGAGCCCACCCAUCCUGCCGAGGCCGUGCCAAGUGGUGUUUCUCCCACCCAAGAGGCUGAGGCUCCCAAGGGCCAACACAACCCUGGCUUCGAGAAGCAAGAGCCUGGCCGGCCCCCUUGCACCUCUUCCAAGGCGGAAGCUCAUCCCGCGUCGGCUCCGACUGCUCCUUCGUACCCUCCACAGGGAAAUUCUCAGGCCCACCCGCAGGCCAGCGCCCCCGGAAAUUCUCAGGCACAUCCUCAGGCCAGCGCCCCUUCUGACCCUGGUCACGGGCAGCCUCAAGCCGCCUCGACUCCCUGCCCCACGGGCGGGCCUGGAGGUCACCAACCUGAGCCUACAGCUCCUUCCAAUCAACCGCAUCAACCCCAGCACGCUGACGCCAAGGAGGUUCCGAAGCACGCGCCCACCUCGGCAGAGCCCCUAACCUCCAUCACGUCCACCAUCACCGUGAGCCACACCUCCACCUUCGCAGUGGUCCCCGUGUACAUGGACAACAACCACAAGGCCUCCUGCACGUCCGCUGCAGACCGCCAGCGUCCCAGUGACGUGGACCCGCAGGCUCACCACGCGGCUUCUUCCCCAGCAACUACCCAAGCCGCCAAGCCCUCGAACCACGCCGCUUCGUCCUCGACGUCUAGCCAGGCUGCUAAGUCCUCGAACCACGCCGCCGCUCCGUCCUCGACGCCUAGCCACAACACGAUGUUCACCGGCACCGCGGGCCGGAUCGCACCCGCUGCUGGCGUCGUGUCCGCCUUGUGUGGUCUCAUGGCUGUUCUUGCCUUCGUGCUGUAG